ACCGCGUCUGUCCAUAAACAAUGUUAGAGGUUAUGUUUAUGACAGUUAACCUCGUCAAACGAUAUUUUAUUAAUAGCAGACAGUUAAUACAUUUGGCAAAAUAGCUGAAAAUAUGAAAUCUCAAACUGAAUAUAAGCUGAAAAGUCCGCCGGAAGACGCAAUUUCAUCUGUGAAAUUUGGCCCCAAUACCAACCAGUUCCUCCUUGUCAGUUCUUGGGAUGGCACCGUGCGGCUAUACGAUGUUAUCACAAAUAAUUUGAGACACAAAUACGCCCACGAUGCACCAGUUUUGGAUUGCUGUUUUACAGACGCCGUCCACUCGUACAGCGGCGGCCUGGACAACACCCUAAAAUCCUUCGACUUCAAUACCACCACCGAAAACACCGUCGGCGGUCACGCAAAUGCCAUCAAAUGCGUGGAAUAUUGCAGCGAAGUGAACGGCAUUUUGACCGGAAGUUGGGACCAUCACAUCAAACUGUGGGACCCUCGAACGCCCCUCUGCAGCGGCAGUUACAACCAAGGCGAGAAAAUCUACACAAUAAGCGUCUGCGGCGAGAAACUCGUCGUCGGAACAGCCGGUCGCAAAAUCCUCGUCUGGGACAUCCGAAAUAUGUCAUACACUUUACAAAAACGCGAAUCGAAUUUGAAAUAUCAGACACGGGCGAUUAGGUGUUUCCCCAACAAACAGGGUUUUGUAUUGAGUAGCAUCGAGGGGAGGGUCGCUGUUGAAUAUCUAGACACCAAUCCGGAGAUUCAAAAGAAAAAAUACGCAUUUAAGUGUCACAGGAUCAAGGAGGAUGGGAUGGAAAAAAUAUAUCCCGUCAAUGCGAUUAGUUUUCAUCCGACACAUAAUACCUUUGCAACGGGGGGCUCCGAUGGUUAUGUCAAUAUUUGGGACGGUUUUAACAAGAAACGGUUGUGUCAGUUCCACCAGUAUCAUACGUCAAUCACGUCGCUUAGUUUUAGUCAUAAUGGUUCUGUGUUGGCGAUUGCUUGUUCAUACUUUUUGGAAGAAGACAACCCCCCGAAUCCUCUUCCUGAAGACGCCAUCUACAUAAGAGCCGUCACAGACCAAGAAACUAAACCUAAAUAUAGCAACAAUUCGUGAUCUGUUUUGGAGUAUUAAUAAAUUUACAGUUAAGUUCCA